UGUUUUUAAAACCACAUAUUUUGUGCUCAUCACUUUUGACAUCUUCUCUAUUCUAUAAGCGCCACACCAAAUAUUUUUCACUUUCUCUCCAUCUUUUUUCAGUUCAGUGGCCAAUUGUAGGCUAUGGGAAGGGCUCCAUGUUGUGACAAAUCCAACGUGAAAAGAGGGCCUUGGUCUCCUGAUGAAGAUGCCACCCUCAAAAACUACCUUGAGAAACAUGGCACAGGUGGUAACUGGAUAGCUCUCCCCAAAAAAGCAGGCCUUAAGCGUUGUGGGAAGAGCUGUCGUCUAAGAUGGCUGAACUAUCUCAGGCCUCAUAUUAAGCUUGGAGGUUUUACGGAAGAGGAAGACAAUAUUAUCUGCACCCUUUAUGACAUCAUCGGAAGCAGGUGGUCCCUUAUAGCAGCUCAACUGCCAGGGAGAACAGACAAUGAUGUGAAAAAUCACUGGAACACCAAGCUAAAGAAAAAGUUCUUGGCAGGAAACACUAGUAGUAGUAUUGCCACCACAAGCAACAAUAUUGUCACUUUCAGCAAUACUAGUUAUUCUCAUCAAGUUGAGGGCCUUGUCUUGGAUCAAAAACUGAACCCAGCUAAUUGGUUUGACUCCUACGAUGUUAAUUUCGAAUUGGAACAAACACCAAUUCCAGUUCCUUUUCCAAUGCCUCAGGAAUUAGAAGCUUUUAAUUAUACUGGGAGCAUAAGUUGUAGUACUGCACCACCACCCUAUAAGGAAGUUUCAUUAAUGCUUUCCAAUGCAGACAAACAUACACUAUGGUUUGGUUAUGACCAAGCAAGUGAAGAUGAUCCAAAUUUGCUUGAGUUUGUGCUUGAUGAUCUGCAUCAGAUGAAUCAAGGAUUUGUUUUUCAAGACAAAAGCAGCCAAGUUGGUCCACCAUCUGGCUAACCAAGACUCUUUCUACUCGUCAAAACCACGACUGCAGAAAAUAAAAGGUAAAAUGGAAUAUUGAUCAAGUUAUUUAUAGUAUAGUACUAGUGAUUAAUUAUGUAUACGUCUAACUAGUGUUUAAAUUUGUGAUUAAAGUGGUUGGUUGAAUGUGGAAUUGUGUGAGGUUCUGAAUUGUUUCCAAUGCAAAGUUGAGGAUCGUGAUGUUAUUGGAAGUAUAUACAUGUUAGUCAAAAGAUGUACUGCUUGUCUUUUCUAAUGUUAGAAGAAUCUUAA